AUGUUGCCUCUAAUUGUUGUCUUAGUACUUGGCGUUUUCGCACAACAAACGUUCGCAGACGAGCCCGAGGCGAUUGUCGGCGGCACGCCCGCUGCGCCGGGCGAGUUUCCGCACCAAUGUAGCGUAAGAGUGCCGGACGGCCAUAUAUGCGGCUGCAGCAUCGUGACCCCGACAUGCAUAGUGACUGCUGCUCACUGUUUGGUUGACGUCGCACCACCACCUUAUAACAGCUUAAAAGUUGUCACUGGAAUUCUGGAAAGCAGCGGAGGCGUAGAGCGUCCAGUUAAAUACGGUAUAGUUCAUCCAAAUUAUAUGGGAACCGAAGAGCAUUCCUGGGCGAACGACGUCGCUGUGCUCAAACUCAAAGAACCGAUCCAGUUCAACGAACUCCAAUCCUCUAUUAAACUGGCCACCCGAAAGCCUAGCGUUGGUACUCAGUGCAUCAUGUCCGGAUGGGGUCAGACGAGCUCAGUUUCGUUCGUGCCCGUUGCGCCGUACCUUCUCAAGGCGUACACUAAGAUAGUUGACAACGAUCGUUGCAAAAAGGCUCACGGAAAUAUUGCACUCUACAACGUUCAUCUGUGCGCAUACGCCAGGCGUGGAAUCGGUGCUUGCAGCGUAAAUAUCAUCUUGAUAAAUAAAUGA